AUGACAACUACUAUGAAUUCCACAACUACCGAUGGACGAUUCAAGUCUGCAUUACUUCACCGCCUGCCACAUCAUCGAGACUCAACCGAUCAGAAAGUUCCUCAUCAUCGACCAUCAGCCGAUAAGAAGGUGUCUCGUCGUCACGUAUCCUUCGAUCACAAGUCAACCAACUUGUACAAGCCCAACGUCGACUUUGCUCCACUCUCGUUACCAUCCUCAUGUAAUCCGGCGUAUUUCAAGGAUUUCGGACUUGAAAUCAAGAAUGUCGAUCCCGGAAACAUGACUUCUGGUGAGAAGAAAAUGGUUGUGGAGUUGCUGUAUAAGCACUCGGUUCUCGUCUUCUCCAACGUCAAGGUCGCUCCAGAAGACCAAUAUGAAUUCACCAAGAUGUUUGACCCUGUAUCUGAACAAUAUGGCCACGGAAACGCAAGAGUCCAAUCCACCCAAAAAUCCAUCCUACAUCCAGACCUCAAGACCAUCCCACGUGUGCCUCAAGUGCAACUUAUUGGAAACGGCACCUUGUACAACCAUGAGGGUUUAGCUGAAGCCAAGCUGAAACAUCCUAGUCAUCAGAGCUUUCAUGGAACGUCUGUGUCUGAGGAUGAUGAAAAGAAGGGUGUUACGAGAUUUUAUCGAUGGCACAUUGAUGCUGCGUUGUAUAAUCUGGAUCCACCAAAAGUCACAACACUAUUCGCCAGCACUGUACCACACCGAGCACCACAAGUAUGUCGCUACGACGAUGGUACUGGUGAUGAGCUUAAAGUUCCUUUCGGAACCACUGCAUUCUCAUCAGGCGCAACAAUGUUCGACAUUCUUCCAAAGGAGCUGAAAUCAGUCGCCGUCCGUGCCCAAAUCCAAUACGCUCCACAUCCAUACGUGUGGAUGUCAAACUGUAAAUCCAACAGUGUCGGAUUGGGACUCUUGUCUGAAGAUAAAGAGCUGCCUCUGGAUGAACUACCGGAAUGGCAAGCUGAUCAGAUAAAGAUUUUGCCUAUGUGUUGGAAGAACCCAGUCACGGGACGCCUCCACCUACAAGUCCACCCCUCAGCCAUCAUGGCAAUCAUAAUCGCUCCAUUACCAGACGAUGAUACAGCCGAAUACCGUGAAAGUGCAAGGUACCCUGAUGGUGCCUUCAUUGACGACUUGCAGGAAGCGCGUGAUUUGGUGUAUGAGAUGCAAAGACCUGGUAUUGCACCAGAGUUGUUGUAUUGCCAUGAAUGGAAGGAGAACGAUUUUGUGGUAUUCAACAACCGUGGUGUUUUACAUAGUGUUGUUGGAGCACUCAAGCCUGAUGAUGUGCGAGCUAUGCAUCAGUGUAAUCUCGCUGCUUCAGAGCCUGUAGUUGGACCAUCGGAGGAGGAUGUAUUGAAUUUUGCUUAA